AUGUUGUCCUCAAUGUACUCAAACAUCUUUGACAAGGACUACGUCCCAGCCUACAUCUCAGACGAGGAUUCAGGCGUCUACUCAAGCUUGGAAGAAAAAGAAUCAAGCUGUCCUCACGACGACCCUCUGCGUCCCAUUGAAAAAUUGCCCACGGCCCCUCCGACCCCACCACCUGGUCCACGUCCCGGCCCUUUCGGCCCUCGCCCGGAUGUGCCCACGCCCCCGCCGAGCCCCUAA